AAACUUCUGAAAUCAAUCCAUCUACUUAAAUCACCCACACAGGAGACAAAUGUAUGAGGAAAUACGUACCUUACAACAAGGCUCCUUCCCCUUACUGUCACCCAAGAUGGCGUCCAACCAGAACCAUGGCACGCAGCUGGAGGACUUAGCAGGAGGCACCCGCCCCGCUGGCUGCCUCAAGGUGUUCAUCCAGCGUGACUACUCCGAGGGAACGUCUGUCAAGUUCCAGACUAAGUUCCCCCCAGAGUUAGAAGGCAAGAUGGAGAACAGUGUCUUUGAGAAUACCAUCAAUGACAUCAAUGCCAUGUUCGUGGAAGCAGAGAAGAUGUCUUGUGGCCGCUACUGUGAAGGCUGCCUGGGGUGCCUCACUGCCUACCUGGUCUUUUUCUGUAUGGAGACCCACUAUGAGCAGAUGAUGAAAAAGGUGACCAAGUAUGUGGCAGAGCAGAAUGAGCGUGUCUGGACCCCGCGAGGCCUCCUAAUCACCAACCCCAUAGAGCGUGGACUGAGAGUUAUUGAGAUUAGCAUAUUAACGGAGCCGGCCACCACCAGAUCGCAAUGAGGCGUGAUGUUCCCAUCUGCUGUACAGGAUCCCCCACCACCACCACCUCGUCACAUCACCCUCAUCAUCCGCUCACUAGCCCAUCAUAGUUCACAUGGUCACCCCUCCCACAUUUAUAUCAACAUUGUACUGAAUAUUCUAUGUAGAUAUAAGGUAUUAUUAUGUAACUACAGGGCAUGAAAGAAAGAGAUGAUAGAAAAGUGUACAUUCUCACCCCAUAACAGAGCAUUUAAUAUAUAUUUUGCCAAUGACACACACAGGCAGCAAAACUCCUCAAAGCCUGACCUUUCCCCUCCUCUCAAGAGGCAGAUGACUCAGUUCUGGUUACAGCAUCUCCUUGGCUCCUCAUUCUCCUCCUUUUCUUUUUCUUUCUUUGACCACCCACUUCACUCUGCAACUUCUUUCCACACUUGCCUACACAUAUAAGGUUAGAAGGAAAUGUGCCUGCUGUUUUUAUACUAUUUAAAUUUGAGAAAGUGUGCAUGUAUGUCUGAAGCAUUUUUACGAGGAUCAAACAUUGCCUUUCUUACCUAGCUAGUGAAGAGGUGAAAAGGCUUUGAAGUCUUGCCAGUGUGUGUCUGGUUGAACCUACCAGGCCAGCCUCUCGUGAUAUCCCACUCAUGCCCACAAGAAAAAUGUGUGUGGCAUUCAGUUGGCCACAUUUCUUUCUCCUGCAACUGAUUAUUUUUUGUGAAAAAAAUAUACACUAACUGCACUAGUGAUGUAAGAGCCAUUGUAUCAUAUGAUUGCUACAAUCUUACAUGAAAAUGAGUAUGCUAUGGCCAUUUUCCCAAAUUAAACAAAGCACUGUGUUUCAGCUUUGAAAAACAAAUAAUGUUCCCAUUUUCUGUUUUCAUUGCAACAAACAGUGACAACUCAGAAUUUCAUGGAGCCACAGUGGCUAUCUCUGCUGCAUUUCAUGGAUUUUGUCAGAAGAGUCUGGGAUGGGUAUUAUGUACCCUCAUUCUAAAUGGAGAUUCAUUCAUGUCAAGGUUCAGCAAGGGUGUUCUCUUUUCUCUAUACUUUUAUCAGCGUUGCAUCAUGAUUCUUCCGUGAGUGUCAUGAAGCAUGUGUUCACAGCCAGUUUAAGAUGCCUCCGUGUGUUAGUAGCUGUAGAUCCUUCCAGUUAAAUUGUCCUCUUCAUUGUCUGCCAUGAAUCCUUUGAACAUUCCUGUAUUGAUGCUGCUGCUGCCUUGCCAUGGCUUGUGGCUUGAGGGAUGCAGGAAUAGUAAUGUUUUUGUUAGAAUUAGGACAGUUCUGUUGGUUCCUGUCUCAGCUUUAUCUAGAUGUACCUCCUUGUUUACUUUCUUCUGAGUUCUAAAAUUCCUUAUUUUCUCCCUUUAAAGUUUCUAGUAACCAUACCUUCAUGUAUUUUCUUCUGUAUUUUAUGUUGUCUGUUUUAUUUAUGUAUAAACAUGAUUUAGCAUAAUAAGUGAUAUUACUAUUUAUAUGGCAACUUGAUUUGCAAAUAUGCAUGCACAUAUUUGCUUACUUGUGUGUGUGUGUGUGUGUGUGUGUGUGUGUGUGUGUGUGUGUGUCCACAUGAUUGUGUGCUUGGCUAUAAGUGAAGCAGCCUGAGAGACAAGCUAGUAACUUAAGUGAGAGGAGUUUGUGCAGCACUGUGCUCCCUGUCAAGGCUGACAAUGAAUCCCACCAGUCAAGACCUGUUUUUGUGCUUCCUCCCUGUAAAGAGAAUAUGUGGUCACUUUUAUAUAGCUUCCUCUUCCUCACACAGGCAACAUAAAAGAUAAAAAAAGAAGCUUGAUGGAAAAAAUAAAUAUUCAGAUAGGCAUAUAUAUUCCUUUACCUUUGGAGAGAUUUUUUUAAUUAAUAUUUUUUGGCUUGGUUCUCAGAUUUCUAUGCAUAUUGCCUGUUUUGACAAUUACAAGGUGCCACUCAAGAAAGAAGCAGAUAAAAACAAAGCAUAUCUAUAUAGUAGUUCAGACAAAAUAGUUUAUUUUUAUUUUAGUAGUAGUAUUUACACUAAUCAGAGAUGACAUUGCUUCUCAGAAUUGGUAUAUGUAUGAAGUAUUUUACAACCAUUCUAAAAACUUCUUCAUUGUGUAGAAAUUUGACAGUGUUGCUGAGAUUUCAGAAUUGAGAAUAUCUGCUAAAUGAAUCAAAUUCUUAAUAUUACAUAACAAUUGUUUCAUAUAAUUAAGUGUGUAAAGUGUUGUUUCAGAUGUCUUGCUUAGAAACUCAUAAAUCAUAACUUGCACUCAUGCUUUGGGUGGAGGAUAUCAAGAGGGAAAGUUCAAUAGUAUUUGUGGUAUGAAAUGAUAUGCUUUGCACUGGAGGUGUACAGGUAGCGGUGUAGCUGUGUCAGGUGCAAGCCCCUCUUUGAGACCCUCCGCAGGUUGCUACUCUGGCAGUUAUCCCUUAUUGUCACUUUUUUUCUUUCACAAUUAAUAGUAGACCAUGCUUUUUAUUUUUUUUAUCUUUUUUAUAGCAUUUUGAUGCUGUCUUCAUAGCAUGGUCCUUCUGUACUUGAAUGAUGGAAGGAUUAAUGCUUUAUUGAAAUUAUAUUUCAAAGUAAGAAUAUAGAAUAUAAAUUAUAAAAUAUUUCAGCUAGUGAACUAAGAACUUGGAAGUUCAUUUGGCAACCUCAUGGCUUAAAACAAAAAUGCUGUUGUAUUUGAUUUAAAGUGAAAAGUGUGAUGCUGCCAGGUUAGUGAUACUGAUCAGUCUUGCACCACAUGGGGACCACUGCCAUUCACACCACCAGGAGUAGAGACCAAUGGAAUUUUGUGAAAUUGAGCUCUAUGUGGAAUGGCAACUAAUGUUCUUGCCAUAGGGUCAAAGAGAGAGGGGGAGUGAAAAUUACUAAGGUGAGGCCGGAGGAGCAGUGGAAGUGUACACUCUUGACACCUUGGGACCACACACUGUCUGGGUGGAUUUAUUGUGUCAGCCAUGCCAGCACCGCUGCGGAGGCUUGGUCUCUUACAAACUCAUCUCACUCAUGGCCUGAACCUUUUUCAUCAUUAUUGCUACUGUCACUCCUGAGGGGUUAGCUUUAGCCUACUGAAGGAACAUUUUUGUACUUUCGAUAAUGGAGUAGAGGUGAUAGGAUGGUAGCUACUGAUGUAAUAACUUAGGCUGCAGUGACAAAGUUGAGUGAAUACAAUGAUCUCCUGUUUCAUGUUGGCUGCAAAGUGGUGUACUGGCUCCACCUUUGUGUAUUUGGUGUCUCAUUAGAAGCAGUAUUUACACUUUUGUGACUGGACCAAAGGCAAUGAUUUAUUUAUGUGGGCAAGAUUUGAACUUUGACCAAAAGUUUCUUGAUAUAACAGUUUGUUUAUUAUUCAUUGCAGUCAUACUGGUGAGGAUUUUGUGGUGUUACUGGUCUCAGAUGAAUUUGUAAGGUCUGUCAGGUGUUUAUUAUUUAUAGCUCAUCAUGUCUCGUUAUGUUUGUUCCCUCAGCUGAUUCCUGACAUUUAUCUCCCAUCAUGCAAUCUGAAAUAAAAUGAAAGUUAUACAGUGAA